GGCGGAAUGGUUUUAUCUUCAGUCCAUGUGUGGAAUCUCUCUGUCUCUCUGUCUCUCUCUCUGUCUCUCUCUCUCUCUCCAAUUUAUAUGAAAAAACAAAAGAGGAGGAACAGAAGAUAAGUGAGUGUUUUCAAGCUUUUAGGCUGGAACCUGAGAACCACUAACCCCACCUUUCAACAUUUGUCCAUGUAUAUGAACGAGUACAUACUUGAAGAUACAGCAAAUAUAUAAACGUAAAGCCCACUAGGCUAGAAAAAAGAUUCUGGAGAAUGGGUUCCUCCGAUCGAUUGUUUAACAGGCAGAGAACUGUUCAUCAGAUCCUUGGAGGUGGACUUGUUGCAGAUGUGAUGUUGUGGCGGCAAAAAAAUGUCACAGUGGGAAUUCUAGUGGUGACUCUAGCUGCUUGGGUGGUGUUUGAGAGAUCUGGUUAUACACUGUUGUCGCUUGUCUCUAAUGUUCUCUUGCUCCUAUUUUCCAUUCUUUUUCUUUGGGCCAAAUCCGCAGCAAUUUUGAAUCGACCAGCUCCACCUCUUCCACAUAUGUACCUCUCAGACGAUAUGGUUCAUGAAGCCGGAGAAUUCAUCCAAAAUCAGAUUAAUGUCUUGCUGUCUGUGUCCCAAGAUAUUGCAAUGGGAAAGGACUCAAGAAUGUUUGUAAAAGUAGCCGUAGCUCUGUGGCUGAUCUCCAUUGUUGGGGGCUUCACUGAUUUCCUUACUCUGGGUUACACCAGCCUUGUUAUCAGUUUCACAAUUCCAGCACUCUACGAGAGGUACGAAGACCAUGUCGAUAGUUUUGUGAUUCUGGGGUACAGGAAAUUGAAGCAUUUGUAUGUAAGAUUUGAUGCAGAGUGUAUUGGGAAGGUUCAAAACUGGAUCUUGGAGAAGAAGAAACUAAGCUGAUACUUCUUUAUUUCUUUCUCUGAUUUUGUGUACUCAGAUUUUUUUCUUUUUUUCCCAGUAUUUUUUCUAAGCUUUUGCUUUUGUUUCUCUCUUUAUUUUCCCCCUUCUCUGUUUUCUUUUUCCUUUGUUUUGCUUGCUUUGGAACAGACUAGAGAGUGCUCUAGGCAAAUGCACAUUGUUCUUGCUAAACUCGGGGGUAAGAGAUUGCAUUUUUUUUUU